ACCUACAGAGAGCUGCUCCGCCUCUCAGAGGGAGUAGGAUUCAGAGUUCACAUAAUAGACAAAGCCUCUCUGGCAGCCAAGAAAUAUGGACCACAGUCAAACAAAAAAUACGAUAUACUUGUCAGUACUCCAAACAGACUGGUCUUCCUUCUCAAUCAGGAUCCUCCGGCCCUCGACCUCAGCAGUGUGGAGUGGCUGAUCGUGGAUGAGUCCGAUAAGCUGUUUGAGGGCGGUAAGACGGGUUUCAGGGAGCAGCUGGCCGCAGUCUUUCUGGCCUGUUCUGGUUCCAAGGUGCGCCGGGCUUUCUUCAGUGCCACCUGCACGCCGGAUGUAGAGCAGUGGUGCCGUCUGAACCUCGACAACCUGGUCUCUGUCAACAUUGGACACAGAAAUACGGCGGUGGAGUCGGUGGAACAGAAGCUGCUGUUUGUUGGGACAGAGAACGGAAAACUGGUGGCCAUGAGGAAUAUCAUCACAAAGGGUUUCCUGCCUCCCAUGCUGGUGUUCGUGCAGUCGAUCGAUCGAGCACGGGAGCUUUUCCAUGAGUUGGUGUAUGAAGGUAUCAACGUGGACGUGAUCCACGCAGACCGCACACAGCAGCAGAGGGACAACGUAGUGGACAGUUUCCGGUCCGGUAAGAUUUGGGUGUUGAUCUGCACGGCUCUGCUCGCCAGAGGAAUGGAUUUCAAAGGAGUCAACCUCGUGCUGAACUACGACUUCCCCACCAGCUCUGUGGAGUACAUCCACAGGAUUGGUUAG